AUUGCUGUCGAAGCGAAGGAAGCUAAACAGUAAAGCUCCCUGGUAAAUACCACCAUUUUUUUAUUUAGUACACAAAAUGGAGCCCCAGCAAGAUGUGCAACCACCGAGGCAGCAGCCUAUGUUUUAUAUUUGUGGAGAGUGCCACACUGAAAACGAAAUCAAGGCCCGUGAUCCAAUCCGGUGCCGAGACUGCGGCUACAGGAUCAUGUACAAGAAGCGGACAAAUAGAUUGGUUGUUUUUGAUGCCCGGUGAAGAGGGUUGGAUUUUUUUCCUCAUGCAGUUUUUUUCCUUUUUUUUCUUUUUUCCCCCCCAUUCUCGUGUCUGACCAUGUGAAUAAAUGUGGUGACUCUUUGAUUGCCCUAACUUAA